CUCAUCAUGUUGUUGUUAUUAUAAAUAUUAAGUACAUGCACACAUGAUUUUAAAACGAUUCCAGAAAAGAAUCUUUACGCAUUAUUAUUGAUUAGGUUAAUCGCUGUCUCUGCUCAGCUCUCAACCCACCCACUUUUUCCUCUCCUUUUUAUACUCUUCCCCAUACUUUUCAGGCCCCCUCAUCCAGAACCUCUUAACUCUCUCAUCUAGCUACCUUAGUUUCUCUCCUGAACAUACUCCAUCUCACAAGUUUUUUCUCAGUUUUGAAGGUGAAGAUGAAGAUGGGUGUUUCUGGGCUCCAACUCUUUCUCAUCUUGGGUCUCUUGGCCUCCUCCUGCUUAGCACAGGGUCCAGCGUCUUCACCAAGGGCAACGCCGCCAACUGCCACCCCGCCCACCGCCACACCUCCCACACCAGUCCCAUCCCCGCCAGCACCAGUGCCGUCCCCUAAAACAUCUCCAUCUCCAGCCCCAGCUCCGACCACGCCCGCCCCAACUCCGACCACGCCCGCCCCAGCUCCUUCCACAACUGCACCAACCCCGGCCCCGACCAAGGCUCCCACUCCCUCGCCGGCAUCUCCUGCUCCCACCAUCUCUUCACCCCCUUCACCCUCUGCUCUUACUCCCGGCCCCGGAGCUUCCGCACCCGAGCCACCGGCUUCUGCUGAGCCACCGAGUGCUGCAUUCUCUACUAGCAAAGCCAUUGUUGCUGGGACCGCUCUUGUUGGAGCUUUCUUCGCCGUGGUUCUGGCUUAGACCGUGUUCGGGUCUGUCCACGUGGAGGCUUUCCAGUUUUAACUAGAUCUUUCUUUUCGAUUGACGGCUGGGAUCUAUUUAUUUCUCCUUCUAUGUUUUUUUUUUCCUUUUAAUUUCCUUUUUUUGAUAUAUUUUUUUUCUGUGUUUGUUUCAUUCAAAAUUGGGUUUGACAGAGGAUGCAUUUGGACGGUGAUGAUGAGAAUGAUUAUUUGGAGAUUCAUUUCUUCUGUGUUGACACGUGUAUCCAUUUGUAGAUGAGUCCCGUGUACAUCAGUUAAUAGUUGAAUAAAACUGUUUGUUAUUCUUUUCGUC